AACUUGCACAUCAAAGCCUCAGCCUACAGGAGAAGGGGGGCACACCACGAUCAACUUGUUUUUCACAUUUCAGUCAGAGGUAGACUGUGUUGCACGUUGUUUUAUUUUGGUUAUUACAAGUAAUGUUCAGGUUAUUUUUGACAACAGGAUAAAGUAGCGGUAGUAGGAACUGAGGGAAUUCUGACAAGUUUCAUUUUCCCGCCAUGAGGCUAGUCAUUGUCCUGAUGUGUGUCCUCCACACGAGGAAGGACAUAGGGUCCGCUCAGAAGGUAGGACAUCAGGAGCUGGUCCACGAAUGGACGUCCGUGACGUUUGACUGGCCGUCAGAGGGCGCUGAGCAGGAGGCGCGACGUGAUGGCUCGUACGUCCCGGAGAGGAAUCUCAUAGCAGGGAUAGAGGUCUACAAGGGCGACAUCUAUCUGUCUAUUCCAAGAUGGAGGUGGACAUCGGGUCAACCAGCAACCUUGGUCAAGGUCGUCAAUGUUGGGGGCGUGGCCAAACUCCGGCCAUACCCCGACUGGGCAUCCCAGAGGCAGGGCGACUGUCGCGCGCUGCAGUUUGUCCUGGGGGUCAAGGUCGACCCCAGCACCGGGCUCCUGUAUGUGUUGGACACGGGACGGGUCGGCCUGGCCGGCAACGUCAGCUCGCGGCCGUUAAAUCUCUGCCAACCCAAGAUCGUCGUGUUUGACCUCAACAGGGGGACCAAGGUCAAGGAUUACCUGCUGCCCCAGGGUGUGGCGGACAGGACGUCGAGCUUCCUGGAUGACCUUGUGCUGGACCGCGUGGACGGCAAGGUCAGGUACGCCUACAUGAGCGACAUCCUGCUUAACCGGAUCGCCGUGUUCGACUUUCAGACAGAGACCGGCCAUUACAUCCAAGACCCGUCCAUGGAGCCAGAAGUGGGCGGUGCCGACAAGAUUCGCAUCAACGGCAAGGAUUAUUCCUUCGCUAUGGGCAUAGAUGGGAUCGCCAUCUCGCCGGACUGCCGGUUCGUCUACUACAGCCCGCUCGCCGGCUUCGGUCUCUACCAGAUCCCCACCUCAACACUACGCAGUGCUCAAAAGCCGGAAAACACCGGCAUCCGGCGGGUGGGGAGAAGGAUUACACAGUCCGGAGGUAUCGCCAUGGGCUCUAAGCACCUCUACUACACGGCGCUUGGACUUAGCGGUGUGUACCGCUGGGAUGCGCAGACCGACAUGCGCACACAGCAGCGAGGUAUCGAUACUGUUCACAUGAGCAAGCAGGAUCGUGUGGUGAGCUCUGACGUCACGAUGCAGUGGCCAGACGGGCUAGCCAUAGACUCGGACGGCUGGCUCUGGUUCGUGUCCAACCGGCUCCACCUGUUCAUGACUGACCAGAUGGACUUCUCCGGGCAGGACGGGACCAACAUGAGGGUGUGGAAGGUCUACAUCAACGACACGUGGGGCCGGGCAAAUGCUGCGUCGGCUCUAGCCACCCCUGGCCCCGCUUGCCUGGUGGCGUCAACAUAUUUUGUCCUUCAGCUGUCUCGGUUAAUAAACUUGGUUGCUCACUAACACGGUU